AGCUGAACACUUGCAAACAUCACUGAGAGCAGCUUCUUUGUAUUGAAUUGACAUGGCGAUGCAGAACUACCCAGCACCCGGGGAGAGCAUGAAGCAGGACGGCAGAGACUUCACUGCCCAGCCAGUAGUACUCUCCAUGCCUGACCAAAAAGUCAAUGAUGACAUCAUAUUCUCCACAUUCAAUCUUCACUUCUGUAACCCUUGCUGUCUUGGUUUUGGGGCCUUUUACAACUCAAUAAAGGCCAGGGACAUCAGAUUGCUUGGAGACAUCCCAAUGGCACGGUCUUAUGCCUCUAGAGCUCGCAAGCUAAACAUUGCUGCCGCCAUUAUUGGAUCCCUCUCUUUACUUAUCCUCAUCAUUGUCAUCUCCAAGUCAUUUGGUUCAGUCACAUCAAGUGUUCAUCGUUAUUAACUUCUUCAAAGAAUUAAAUGUCUGAAUGUUUUUAUUUGCCUUUCAUUAAAACAGUUAUAUAUUGUUGAAA